UCAUUCGAUAAACUUCCGGCGGAGUAUUUUUGGUGUAACACGUCAACAUGAGCAGAGGAGACGGGAUUUUACCGGCUCGUGGAAACUGCGUCCACACCAGCUGUUACUGUGAAGAAAAUGUUUGGAAACUCUGUGAGUUUGUCAGGAAGGAGAGAACGGCAGCGCUGGAGCAUAUGUUUGUGGUUUUUAUCUCAAAUGAGAACAGAACGGUUCCUCUGUGGAAACAGAAAUCAGGACAUGGAAACCAGCCAGUGAUCUGGGACUACCAUGUGAUUCUGCUGGUGGUGGAUCCUCAGUCAGAAGCUCUGGUUUAUGACCUGGACUCUGAGUUGUCGUUUCCCUGCAGUCUGAAAGUGUAUGCUGCCCAGGCUCUCCGCUCAGACCACACCCUCCGACCUGAGUACCACAGGAAGUUGCGUGUCGUACCUGCUGACAGCUUCCUGCUGAACUUUGCGUCCGAUCGCUCGCACAUGAAGACGUCCGACGGCUCCUGGAGGAUGCCCCCCCCGCCGUACCCGCCUGUUCACACCGCAGAGAGUCACAUGAACCUGGACGACUUCAUUAGUGUGGACCCUGCUGUCGGCUGGGGGACGGUCUUCAGGCUGGACCACUUCCUGCAGAGCUACACCACAAUGUCUUCAUCAUCAUCGUUGUCAUGGUAACACAGACUGCAGCAGCCACUGCCGCCACCUGCACUGAAAAACUACAACUCCCAUGGUGCAUUUCUGCGAUAGAGCUAGUGACAUGAUGAACCAGUGUGAUGCUUUUGGAUCAGGUUCUGGAUCAGGUUCUGGAUCAGGUUCCUGUUGUCGUGAUGUGACCAAACGCCAUCACACUGAAAGUCUGUGGAUAUUUAUGGUUAAAUGUCAGAUAAUUAAAGAUUUGAUGUCAGAAAAUA